UCUCCUGCCCAUCGAGUUCUAGAAGAAAUCAUGAUGAACCGGAAAUUUCUGGAGGACAUCAGAAGACUAAGCAAAUUUUUGCACACAGGUCGUUUAGAGGUAUACCACUCCCUCCUCAACAAGUAUUGCCCCAAGAGACAGGACUUCGAUAAGAAACAGAUGACAGGAAGAACCCAGCUGGCUGUCCUCGAUCAUAACAAGCAUACCAUUGUUGAUACACAAGCUUUGUCAUCUUCUCUUGAGGAAAGCUCUUCUGAUGCUGUAACGUUCAUCAAUCCAGAUGGAGUUAGAGUUGUUUACAGUAAGCAUUGUAGUGACUGGGUAAUCAAACCAAUUUCAGAGCUCAAGAGUUAUCCCUACCUCAAAGACAUGAUAAUGGAAGUUCUGAAGCGUCACAAAAAUCAAGAAAAGGGAGAAGUGAAGGCUGAAGCAAAGGCGCGUAACAUUGCGAAGAAACCAAAGCCAAGUAAAGAAAUACUUUUGAAGAGACACAUAUCAAGAUUGAGUAAAUGCUAAACUAUGCUGAAUAUUGUUGAAGUUGUUGAGUGAUAUUGUACUCAGGUGUGAUGAGUAUGGAAAGACAUUUGUUGAAUGUUCGUUCAUCUGAUAUUAUUGUACUCA